GUUGCGGCGGCGGGAACGGCGAGGGGAGCGCGGGUGGCGGCCGGCGGGGCGUACGGAGCAUGCACGGCGCCAAGCAGCGUCCCGCGGACGCGCACCCGGGCCAGUGGGUGCUCAUUGCGCCAGAGGCUGCUACUGACCCCCCUAAGACACCUGACAGCGAACCUUUGUUUACAAAACUGCGCAAUCCAAGCACAGGGGAAGCAACCCUUUACUUAUUCAAUAGUGGUGCACAGCAGCUGUUUGAAGUAAAAGCUUUUCAUGAGGAAUGUCGUUCCUGGUUUAUAGGUCAGACUGUUCAACAAGAUGGGCGCCUGCUGUUUGUUACACCAAUGGACCCUUUAUUUCUGAUCCUUUACUACCUCAUAAAGGCAGACAAGGAGCAGCAAGGAAAGUUCCAGCCACUCGAUCAAGUUGUGCUAGACUCAGACUACCCUAACUGCCCAUUGCUGCUGAGGUGUGCAGAUGUUAAACAGCACAUACAUCACAUAACAGAAGAAAAAGAGAUUGGCAGUCAGAAAUUCCAUAAAUACAGCCAAGAGAAGACACUGAAGUGGUUAAAGAAAAAGGUCAAUCAAACAGUGAAAGCACUUAAAGGCAACAAUAUAUCUGUGGGUGAAAGGGUACGUGCCGCUACGUUUAUCAGCGUUACACAGGUCACAGAUUCUAAGGAAGACUAUAUACGGUAUGCCCAUGGGUUAAUAUCAGAAUAUAUUCCUGAAGAUCUGAGUAAGGAGUUGUUAAAAUACUUAGGGCUCCCAGAAUUUAAAAGUCCCGUACCAGAGCCACCAUUAAAGAUGCCUGUGCAAAGACGUGCAAAGAAGAAAUGAAAGGAACAUACGAAGACUUGCUAAUAUUAUUUUAACUUGCCAUAAUCUCAAAGCAGCUUUUAAAGGCUUUUUUUACGCACUUUCUGAAAAUAAAUGCUUGAAGUUAGACGUGCCCUGUUCCAAGAAAAAGCAAAUCUCAGCAGAUUAACAUUGUUAAAUAUGCGGUGUGUUAAACAUACACUGCUUCAAAUUUUAUAGCUUACACACUAUUGGUCUAUCGGGCCCUUCCAGGAAAGCACUUACGAGCAUGCCUAAUGUUAAGCACAUGAGCAGUGAUCUUAAAGUCAGCAGUGUAGUUGUUGGUGUGGGUAAGUGCUUUGCUGGAUCGGCGCCUAAAGCCCUGUUAGGUGCUGAGCAUCCUGAUCCAUAUCCAGCAAAGCACUUACGUCCAUGCUUAUCUUGAAGUGGAAGAGCCAGUCUUAACUAAUAUUUGUGCAUUAGUCUUCACCAUAAAACCUCUCUUGGCACCACGACUCACAUGCUUAAAAUUAAGCACCUGCCUAAGUAUUUUGCAAGGUCAGACCAACGGCAUCCUCGAGCAAGUCUUAAAUAAGGGCUUGAUUAUGUAUGAAUUUUCUUUUUUUCUUGUAUGAAUUUUUUUGUACGCUUUUUUUAACAAGAGUAGAUGAUUUUUGUGGCCAUAAUUACAACUUUUAUAAGCUGCAUAGCGAAAUAUGUUGUAUGCAAUUUCCUCCUUUCUUUUUCAAAACCUAGCCAUAUUCAGCAAGAUGGCCUUUUUGGACUAGAAUUCCAAUGUUCAGACUUAGAAUCAUCCAAAGUGAAAAGUAAAAAAGUUAACUCUAUUUUUUAGGACAUUUACAUUUUUGGAAAUUAUUUCACUGGGUUUGAUUUAAAUGGUUUUAUCCAACCCUGACCCUUUAUCCAGAAGAUGUCACCUGGCUCUGGUUGUGCAGACAGUCAGACUCUCGAAGUGCUGACCCUGGAGGUAGGAUGUGUGUUCAGAAGGGCAGAUGAAGUUGCUUCCUUUAUCUAAGGGAUUGAAACUUUAGAAAUGUAUAAAAUAACAUGUACAUUUUGUGUUGAGAACUAUGUAAUCCUCCAGAUAAAAAAAAAAAAAGACCUAAUUAUUUAUUAUUUUUUAAAUCAUGUGAGAGGCACUUUUUGUGGAGUGAACUUCAACCAAAAUGUUGAGUCUCCAUAAAACAUGCAGAAAAAGGGAUGCUAAUGAGGUCCUUUAGUGAUCUGUCAGAUGCAGCCUGAUGUUUUUAACUGAAAUAUCUGUUUUAUCAAACUCCCAUUAAUAUUUAAGACUUUGCUAUGAAACUUUUUGAAAAAGUUAUAACUGAAAAGAUGUUGAACAUAAUGAAUAUGUACUUCUGUAAAUUUUAACUAUGACUCCAGUUCACCGACACCUGCAGCAAAUGGCCAAAAUGUCAUGUGAAGCUUGAAUGUAUUUGAAGCAUUUUAGAUCAGAAGUUAAAAAUUAUUUUGCUUCCACUCUGGCAAAUUCAAGUCAAAUGAGAGCUCCAAGAGAGUUUCUUAGGACCUUGCUGAAAACUAAAUUCCAAGACAAAGAAUCAAUAGCGCAUUCAACUUUCUUUUCACAUGACUUUGAUCAGCUCUUUUUUCAGAAUAUGAAAAACCUGAACGGUUAGCCAUUUAGAAAUCAUGUAUGAAAGGAAUUAUAGACUGAAUGGGAUUAUAUGGAAUAUGAUAUGAAAUUAUAAGCAGGGAACUACUGGAGAGAGUCUAACGUAGGGCAACUAUGAUGAUUAAGGGAUUGGAGCAUCUUCCUUACGAGGAAAGGCUCAAGGAGCUGGGACUCUUUAGCCUGGACAAAUGAAGG